GUCAACAGAGCACCUGUCAAACGGUCCGACCGCGCCAAACAUAACCAAUCCAAACAGAACUUGUCUGCGGUCUCAUUUUCUGGGGAUUUUGUUGUAAAACUAAGCAAAAAGUUAAAUUUCGCAAGUGCGUUCUCGCUGUAAAGUUUCACCAACUCUCCCGGGUGAGCGAAAUAGGCUCAAAACGGUCGAUAAAAUGGCUGAUUUUCUCGAGUAUUCAUCCAUCAGUUCGGAAAUCCGUGGCGCCAUGUGCCCUGGAAAGCUGAAAAUGACCGACACAGCGAUGGUAUUCAAAAGCGACAAAACUGGCAAGGUGGAGCAGAUCAACUCCGGCGACAUCGAGCUAUUGAACUAUCAGCGAUUCGUCGGUAGCUUUGGCCUGCGCGUAUUCCUGAAGAAUGGAUCGUUGCAUCGUUUUCUUGGGUUUACCGGUGACGAGGCGAAGAUAGCGGAGUUUGUGAAGAAAAACUACAAACUCGACAUGCUGGAAAAGGAACUGUCGAUGCGCGGCUGGAACUGGGGAUCGGUGCAGUUUAAGGGUGCCGUACUGAGCUUCGACGUGGAAAACAAGACCAGCUUUGAGAUUCCACUGAACCACGUUUCACAGUGUAACGUAGGCAAGAACGAGGUAACGGUCGAGUUCCAUCGGAACGAUGAUGCACCGGUCAGUUUGAUGGAGAUGCGGUUCCACAUUCCUACGUCCGAGUCGGCCGACACUGACCCCGUGGAGGCGUUCCAGGAGAGCGUCAUGAAGCAGGCCUCCGUCAUAUCGGUGUCUGGCGAUGCGAUUGCAAUCUUCCGCGAAAUCCAUUGUCUUACGCCGCGUGGUCGGUACGACAUCAAGGUAUUCCAGACAUUCUUUCAGCUGCACGGCAAAACGUACGAUUUUAAAAUCCCGACAUCGUCCGUACUGCGACUGUUUCUGCUGCCACACAAAGACAACAGGCAGAUGUUCUUCGUCAUAUCGCUCGAUCCACCAAUCAAGCAGGGCCAAACGCGGUACCACUUCCUGGUUACGCUUUUCCAGAUGGACGAGGAAACGAACAUAGAGCUUCCAUUCACGGAGGAAGAGCUGAAGGAGAAGUAUGAGGAUAAGCUGACGAAAGAACUGUCCGGACCGGUGUACGAGGUGUUGGGCAAAAUCAUGAAGGUGAUCAUAAAUCGUAAACUAACCGGCCCCGGCACGUUCAUCGGCCACUCGGGCACACCGGCCAUUGGCUGCUCGUUCAAAGCAGCCGCUGGUUAUCUGUACCCAUUGGAGCGUGGAUUUAUCUAUGUCCACAAACCACCGGUUCACAUACGGUUCGAGGAGAUUGCAACGGUCAAUUUUGCCCGUAGCGGUGGAUCUACGCGAAGUUUCGAUUUCGAGAUUGAGCUAAAAACCGGUACGGUCCACACGUUCAGCAGCAUCGAGAAGGAAGAGUACUCGAAACUUUUCGAUUUUAUCGUAUCGAAAAAGCUGAACGUGAAGAACACGGGCGGAAAGGCCAGCUACAAGGACGACUUUGCCGAUUCGGAUAACGAGGGCGAACCGGACGCGUAUCUGGCGCGCGUGAAGGCGGAAGCUAAGGAGCGCGACGAAGAUGACGAUGGCAGCGAUUCGGAGGAAUCGACCGAUGAGGACUUCAACCCGAACCAGCAGGAAUCUGACGUGGCCGAGGAGUUUGACAGUAAUGUGGAGUCUUCGUCGGAUGAUUCCGAUGACGAGGACGGUAGCGGCGGAGACAGCGAUGGCAGCGGAUCGGACGGUGGUCGUGAGAAAAAGCGCGACAAGAAGAAAGAGAAGAAGGAAAAGGUGAAGGAAAAGUCACCCAAAAAGAAAGAGAAGAAAGAAAAGAAGGAACCAACGGCCAAGAAAUCGAAAACUAAAGACUCGGGCGCACCGAAACGGCCGUCCACGGCCUUUAUGCUCUGGAUGAACGCAACCCGCGACCAGAUACGGAAGGACAACCCGGGCCUGUCGAUGGUCGAGAUCAGCAAGAAGGGUGGCGAGCUGUGGAAGGAUCUGAAAGAUAAGAAGGACUGGGAGGCAAAGGCAGCGAAGGCAAAGGAAGAUUACGCGGAAGCGAUGGCCGCAUACAAAGCGGCAGGCGGCGGAAGUGAAGGCGGGGAUGGGGAUAAGGGAGAAAAAAGGAAAAAGAAACCGGCUGCCAAGAAAUCGGACACAGCCAUGAAGGGUAGCGGAUUCAAGAGCAAGGAGUUCAUCGAUGGGGACGAUUCGUCCAGCGAUGAUGACAAGAAAAAAGACGCAAAGAAAGCUAAAGCAACGGAAUCGGCGGACAAGAAGAAAUCAAAAAAGUCUGACUCUGAAUCAGAAAUGUCCGAAUCGGAAGAAGACGAGGAUGAGGAUAUGAGCGAAGGCAGUGAUUGAACCAUCAUCGCGACGUAUCUCCGCAGCAGUGUUUUUUCCGUAUUUCCGUUGAAGUAUCAUCGUCUUAUCGUAUUAGUAUCAUUCUUUCCUCAUCUGUACGCAUAUAAACUCUCUCUCUCUCUCUACGGGCGGCUUGCUUUAGUUCAUCGAAAGCACUGUAAUGUUUAAUUAUGUUUUAUUUCCAAACCAAUUGCAGCACGAAACGUAGCUAAGCUCUUGAACAGAUUUGAGUAAAAUAUAAAUAAACUAUAUCCAUGUUGCAAGUCGCGUAACAAAUCUCUUUGCUUAUUACCGAUCAAAUAUAUACAAGUAAGACACUUCGCUUUGGAUGUUCGUAAAGUUCGUAAAAUAAAUUUCCAAUUGUGGCUCAACUGAGUGUGUGCCUGUAUGCAAGUA